UGGUCCGGGCAAGCACAACGGAGAAAUACGGGUGGCGCGCGUGUCGGGAAUAAAAUUGCCAUCGAGCGUCGAGGGCUGCGCGGCGAGGGUGUGUGACGUGAUGAGGGAGUGAGUGAAUGGAGAGAGCGAGAAAAAGAAACAUAGCCCAAUAGACGUGUAGACACGAAAUUAAUGAAGAAAGCCCGAAAGAGAGAAGGGACAUAGAGACAAACGAGACGAUACAACGUGAAUAUCUUCGUUUAAAAGAUUUUGUAGAAAAACGCAAGGUAUUCGUCGAGGAGGUUGUGUCUUUGCUGUAUUUAUAAAAAAAAAACGGGAAAUUCGGAGGAGAGAAAAUUAGAACCUCUCGAUUAGUGUGUAGAGAAUAAACCUGUGAGUUUUCCCGAGUAAUAAAAUAAAUUUGACGAAGGGGUUUAACGAAGAGACAGAGAGCUGUCACUUCGAUCGCCAUUUUAGCGCCGCUGAGCACGGGAAUGCGCGCCGCCGGCGAAAUCGAGCAGCACGCCAAGGGGGAUUUUGUUGCGGACGCCAGAGAGUAGUGGACGUCUGAGUUUUCCACAGACACUUGUGAUUCCUCGUGUACAAUAAGAGCAUAGAGUUUUCGUGUGCGCGACAGAGAGAUAGAUAGAGGGUUAAAAAACGGUAGAUAGAGAAUUUCAUAUUACAAGGUAAAUACACCAACACACCAACUUGGAGAUUCCGUGUGUCGUGUCUCUUCCCCCUCUCCUCACCCUCUAUCCACAACUCCCUCGUGCGUGCGUAUGUUUCUCUCACUGUGUUUUUCUUGCGUCCUUGCUCAAAGCGUGAACGGCAUUGGAAAUAGUAGUUAGUGCAAGAGAGAGAGAGAGGGAGAGAGAGAGACAGGAAAAGUGUGAGAGUGUAAAAGAAACGGAAUAAAACGAAUUGGAGAAGAGUAAUAGACGCGGAUGAGACGAAAGCAAGAGAAAAAAAGAAAGGCGUGCUAGUAUACAAAAGUGUACAGUGAAGUGUCCAGUUUUUAUUGCGGUGUGGUUUUUUGUGUGCCAGUGUUUCGUGGGAGGCGAUAUUUUCCUUAUUCUCUUUUUCCUCGCGGACCAACGGACCUCGAGUUUCAAACGCAGCACAGACGUGUUCCAAAUUCCGCGAUCGUUUUGUUUUUUUUACCUUUCUCACUCUUUGCCCCGUGCGUCCACGCACAUUUCGAGGUUAAGCGUUGUCCUCGCGUCUCACACGCGUUAACGCUGCUCCAUUGUGCUCCACGUCAUAUUUCGCUAUUCAACGAACAUUCAACAAACAAUACGCAUUCCUACGUCCAUCAAAACACCGACCAAUUCCUAAUGAACUUUACCCUACGAAAAUUCCACUUGGAACUUGAAACUCAAUGAAAUAUUAGUGGUGCCUGUUAUAUUUUUUUGAUACGUCACAUUGUUCGUCAAUUUACAAAAAAUAACGAGACUCUUCGGACCGCGUUUUUGGGACGAAAGUGUUCGGGUUCCAUUCCAUUCUCGUGAUUUACAGAACAAAUUCCAUUUUUUUACAAAGUAAAUAUCUUCGAGAAAUGAAUAGUUAUAGAAGUAAUGAAAUAACGAAAACGGGUAAAUCGUGAUAAAAAUCAAGUUUCGCUAGAGUUUUUUUAUGACGAAGAAAAGGUGGCAUCCGUGUGCACUACGAUAAAUCGUGUUCCAUUUUUGUUUUUAUCUCUCUUUCUCUCUCUCUCUCUCUCUCUCUCUCUUUCCAUCCCUUUUCUCCCCCGUUUCUCGUCCUUUUGACGAGCGAGUUUCCGUUUGUUUUUUUUAUUUACUCUCUUUUCCGUGUAAUUCGUGAUCGAGAAAGUGAAGCGGAGAUACACGCGAGUGAUAUUUGCCGUUCAUAAAGGCGAGCAGCGAGUGUGCUAGACGCCUGAGUUAAGACAGAGUGAAAAAGAGUGAGAGAGAGAGGUAGAGAGCGGAGGAUCGAAGCAGAGCUCCGAACCACGAGAUGAUUCUGCGCGUCCGUUGAGACUUGAACUGACACACGAGAUCGAUCCGUUGGGCCCAAAAGUUCAUCGCGGGAAAAUGAAUCGUCCGGCACCGCGCUCGAAAUAACACGACGUUGGGGCUGUUCGGAAGAUCCGUAACGCGCUCGUGGCUCCAUCCAAGGGGAGGAGGAAGAAGAAGGAAAAAAGGAGAACAGCAAAGAGAGAGAGAGGAAAGGGCGAGUGAAAAUCUCGGGCGACGUCGUAGUUUAGAGAAAGUUGGAAUUGUCAAAGUGUCGUUUCGUCGGGCGUCGAGUUGCCUGGGAGUCCUCCCAGUCAAGCGGAUCCCACGGAGAGCGUUAAGUGGCGGUGCGGUUAGUGCGGGUGAUAUUUGAAAAGGACAAUGAAGCUCGAGGAGCGUUGCCGGUUUCGGAGGCGAUCCUCCUCGCCUCACAAACUCUCUCACAAUUUAAUAGCGUUUUAUUUUUUCGUACAAUUGAUCGGGACGUGGCGAACUUUAAAUUGCGUUGCAAAUGCCCAAGCCUCGUACAACAUCGUCAGUAAGUUUUACGAUCCCGAAGUACAGCGAAUGAAUCAUCUCGUCGUCGAUAAAAAUACCGGUCGCGUUUACGUCGGCGCGGUUAAUCGGUUGUAUCAAUUCUCCCCCGAUCUCAAUCUCGCUGUAAAAGUAAUAACGGGACCUCAGGACGACGCGCUACUGUGCUCGACCCUCGAUUGCCCUCGAGAAACAGUGAAAAAGCUCGCCGAUGACGUUAACAAAGUUUUGGUUAUCGAUUACACGACCACUCGGCUCAUAUCGUGCGGCAGCCUCUUUCAGGGGAUCUGCACAGCCCGCAAUCUCCACAAUAUCACUGACGUUGUACAAAAGAUCAAAGAGCCCGUUGUCGCGAACAACGCUACAGCCUCGACUUUUGCCUUCAUCGCACCGGGCCCACCGAAUCCACCGGUUUCACAAGUCAUGUACGUCGGCGUUACCUUUACCGGUAACUCACCUUAUCGGGCGGAAGUACCCGCCGUGAGCUCUCGCUCCCUCGACAAAGACAAAAUGCUCAACAUCGCCGAAUCCGCUGUCACAACCGGCACUCGAAUCUUCGUUAACUCAUUGGCCCGCGAACGUUAUCCGAUCAAUUACGUUUAUGGCUUUAGCUCCGAGGGCUUCAGCUACUUUUUCACUACGCAAUUAAAGGACACCGCCGUUCCCGCUUACAUAUCCAAACUCGUACGCGUAUGCCAGGAAGACAAAUACUAUUAUUCCUACACCGAAGUUCCCAUCGAAUGCACCGGCAAAGAAAUCAACUACAAUCUCGUUCAGGCUGCCUACGUUGGAAAAGCCGGCUCCGUAUUGGCCGGCGAUUUAGGUAUCACCGCACAGGACGAUGUUCUCUUCGCUGUUUUUGCCCAAAGCACCGCCGUUAACAGCGAUCGACCACUCAAUCAAUCCGCGCUAUGCGUCUACUCGCUCAAAGCCAUCAGACGCAACUUCAUGAGGAAUAUACAGAGUUGCUUCACCGGCGAGGGACAGCGAGGCCUCGACUUCAUUUCUCCCAGUCACAAGUGCAUUCGAACGAAACUUCAAACGAUAGCUGAAGAUUUUUGUGGCCUCGACGUGAACACGCCGCUCGGUGGUCAAGAACCGAUGAAGGCUCAGCCGGUUAUAACCUUCGAGGAUCUUUUGACAGCAGUUGCGGCGACGUCCACGGGCGAUUACACGGUCGUGUUCAUCGGCACCCACAAGGGCCACCUGAAAAAAGUCGUUGUCGAGAGUUCAGUGUUGGCCGUCGAGUACGGUGACCUCGUGAUCGACCCGGACUCCGCGGUAAACCCAGAUCUCCUAUUCGACUCGCAACUGAUGCAUCUUUACGUUCUUACCCAGAAGAGGGUGUCGAAGGUCAAGGUUCAAGAAUGCUCGGUAUACAAAACUUGUCUGGAUUGCUUGGGUGCCAAAGAUCCUUACUGCGGCUGGUGUUCCCUCGAAAACAAGUGCAACCUGCGAAGCGACUGUCAGGACGCUGCCAAGGACCCUCUCUAUUGGAUUUCCUACAAGAGCGGCAGAUGCACCACCAUCACGAACGUCUCUCCUUAUCAACUCCAACGCACAACUGCCCGAACCCUCGAGCUCGGCAUCGACAACUUGCCAACUCUCAAAGGACAAUUUUUAUGCGCUUUCUCCGCUCUCGACAAAACUCUCAUCACCAACGCCACGAGAAAAUCCUUCGGGGUCAACUGCACCACGCCCAGAACGGACCUGCUUCCACCCAUUCCUGCCGGACAACAUCACUUCACCGCCAAACUCUCCGUCAGAAUGACCAACGGACCUGACCUCGUCGCUACCAAUUUUACCUUCUUCGACUGCAACACUUACUCCUCCUGCACCCAGUGCGUCUCCUCAAGCUUCCCGUGCGACUGGUGCGUCGAUGGACACAGGUGCACUCACGACACUGCCGAAAACUGCCGUAACGAUAUUCUCGUCACUGGCGUUGCUCGAACGGGCCCAAGUUAUCGAAGCGGACCUGCAUUCUGUCCGACGAUAAAUGCGACUGAUUCACAAGAGAUCCUCGUGUCUUCCGGCAUCAAGAAGAUCAUAAGAGUCAAAGUGCACAUAAUAGGGCAAUUCAUCAUCCAAACAAGAUUCGUGUGUCAGUUCAACAUCGAGGGUCGUGUUACGAGCGUAAACGCAAAGUUGCUUGGUGACACGAUAUAUUGCGAGGAAACGGAGUUCUCGUACACUUCGAGAACGCCAAACAUAACGGUGCCGUUUGCGGUGAUAUGGGGGGGCUCGAAGCCUCUGGACAAUCCGGACAACAUACACGUGGUGAUAUACCGAUGUCGGGACAUGGCGGAAAAUUGUGGUAUGUGUUUGGCGAUACCGGCUAAAUACGAUUGCGGUUGGUGCCAGAGUUCCGAGCGUUGCGAGGUCAAGGGUCAGUGCAAUCGUGGCAACGGUUCGUGGCUCAACAGAAACAUGACGUGCCCCAAUCCGGAGAUUCACUCGUUCGAGCCAAUGAUGGGUCCUUGGGAGGGUAACACGACGGUGACGAUACGAGGCAUUAAUCUUGGCAAAACUUACAGCGAUAUUUACGGAGGUGUAACCGUCGCAGGAGUGGCUUGUCAGCCUUACAAGGAUCUUUACGUCCCUACGAAAAAGAUAAUUUGUCGAGUGGACGGUCCUGGGGAAAAGCAACUGCGACAGGGUCCGGUGAUAGUGAAGAUCGAGGAUUUCCGCGGCCAGUCGGAGCAGAACUUCGAGUUCGUUAAUCCGGAAAUAACGUCGAUAUCGCCUAAGCACGGUCCGAUGAGCGGUGGAACGAUUAUUAAAAUAACCGGUAAAUACAUGAACGCGGGAAGUGAAAUAAGAGUUUACAUCGACGAGUUACCCUGCUCGAUAAUCAGCGCCGAAUUCAACGAAACUCUGUGCAUGACAAGCGCGAGUGACGCCAAACGCAUGGGCAAACUCGUAAUGACUUUCGACGGUGGUAAACGCAGCUACAACGGAAUAUUCGAGUACGUCGACGACCCGACGAUCGACAGCGUCGAGAGCGGGGUCGCCCGACAAAUGAAAGUUCCCAAGGGCAUCCCAGCCGGUGGCAUCAAAAUUUCUGUCACCGGUAAAAACCUCGGAUACAUUCAAGAUCCACAGAUGUACGUUUAUUACGACGAGAAAAUGUUCGUAUCCCGGUGCGACGUGCUCAGCCAAACGAGCAUGGACUGUCGAUCGCCGACGAUCGAAGUACCCGAACACGAACAACUCGACGCCGAAACACCGCUCUCCCUCGAGUAUGGUUUUCGCAUGGACAAUGUUACCGGGGUACAGAAUCUUUCGCAAAAUGGUUUCAACAAAUUUCUACUCUAUCCAAACCCGAUUUACGACGUUUUUGAUGAAGAAGUUAAGUACUACAAGAGCGAUUAUCUCACGAUAAACGGACAGUACCUCGAUCUCGCUUGCCAAGAAUUGGACGUCACCGUACAAAUCGGUAAUUCGUUCUGCAACGUUACGUCGUUGUCGAGACAACAAUUGACCUGCCGUCCACCGUCCUCGCAGCCUCCGGCACUCGACGCGGAUGGUCAACCGGACAAGCAGGAACUGCCCGAAGUCAUAGUGAUCGUGGGGCACACGCUGAGCUUCAAAAUCGGCAAGCUCAGCUACGCUCUGCCACCGGGUUUGAACGGACCGCUCUCGAAGCCCGCUCUCAUCGGCGUCAUAGCCGCAAUCGUAAUUCUCUUCUUCGUUUUCAUCGCUUUUCUCAUCGCUUACCGUCGUAAAUCCACCGAAAGCAACAGAGUUCUCAAGAACAUGCAGGACCAAAUGGACAUUCUGGAGCUACGAGUCGCUGCCGAGUGCAAAGAAGCCUUUGCCGAACUACAAACCGAAAUGACGGACCUUACCGGCGACGUUACCAGCGCCGGUAUUCCCUUCCUCGAUUAUCGAACUUACGCGAUGAAAAUAUUGUUCCCCAAUGUCGAAAACCACAUUGUUCUACAGUGGGAGAGGCCCGAAUUGAAACGCAAGGAAAAAGGUCUCAGAUUAUUCGGUCAAUUAAUCAUGAACAAAACGUUCCUUCUACUUUUCGUUAGAACCCUCGAGAGCAAUCGUUAUUUCUCAAUGAGAGACCGCGUCAAUGUUGCGAGCCUCAUCAUGGUAGCUCUUCAAAGCAAAAUGGAGUAUUGUACCGAUAUUCUCAAAACCCUUCUCGCCGAACUCAUCGAGAAGUGCAUGGAGGGUAAAAGUCACCCGAAACUGUUACUCAGACGAACUGAGAGUGUCGCGGAGAAAAUGCUCUCGGCCUGGUUCACCUUCCUAUUGUACAAAUUUAUGCGCGAGUGCGCCGGUGAGCCGCUCUACAUGUUGUUCCGUGCGAUGAAACAGCAAGUCGACAAAGGCCCGGUCGAUGCGAUAACGUCGGAAGCGAGAUAUUCACUCUCCGAGGAAAAGCUCAUAAGACAAUCGAUCGAUUUCAAGCCUUUGACUGCUUAUGUCUCGAUCUCGCAACAAACGGUAUUCGUGGGUGGAUUGGAUCCAAACACGGAGAACGUGCCGGUGAAGGUGCUCGAUUGCGACACGAUAUCGCAGGUUAAGGAAAAGGCACUCGACACGAUUUAUCGUGCGACACCAUACAGUCAGAGGCCACGAAAGGACGAUCUCGAUCUGGAAUGGCGCACAGGAACAUCGGGCAGGUUGAUACUGUACGACGACGACUCAACGACCAAGUCCGAGGGCGAGUGGAAAAAGAGAAAUACUCUUAAUCAUUACAGAGUACCGGAAGGAGCUUCCCUCAAUCUAGUCUCUAAGCAAUCCUCGAUAUACAAUCUUUCAAUAUUAUCGGAGAAGACUGACAAAUCUCACAAAUACGAGACGCUGAAUUUGAGCAAAUUCAGCUCGGCUAGCCCGCCCCUUUCGCGUGCAACUUCUCCCUUGAAUCACGACCACGACGGUGGCCUCAAGUGUUGGCAUCUCGUUAAACACCACGACACAGAUGCUCAAAAGGAAGGCGAAAGAUGCAACAAAAUGGUCUCCGAAAUUUAUCUCACUAGGUUACUCGCAACCAAGGGUACACUACAAAAAUUCGUCGACGAUUUAUUCGAGACGAUAUUCAGUACGGCGCAUCGAGGCUCCGCCCUUCCCCUCGCCAUUAAAUACAUGUUCGAUUUUCUCGACGAUCAAGCAUUGCAUCAUGGCAUUUCCGAUCCCGAGGUCGUACACACGUGGAAGAGCAAUUCUCUACCUCUCAGGUUUUGGGUUAAUCUUAUCAAAAAUCCAAACUUUGUAUUCGACAUUCACAAAUCGAAUAUCGUCGACUCUUGCCUGUCGGUUGUCGCACAAACCUUCAUGGACAGUUGCUCCACGUCGGAUCACAGACUAGGCAAAGACUCGCCGAGCUCAAAAUUGCUCUACGCAAAGGACAUUCCAGUGUACAAAGAGUGGGUGGAACGUUAUUACUCGGAUAUCAAAAUCAUGCCCGCCAUUUCUGAUCAAGAUAUGAAUGCGAUGCUCGCCGAAGAGUCGAGACAACACACGGCUGAAUUCAACACGAAUUGUGCCCUGUACGAGCUUUACACGUACGCAGGAAAGUACAACGAACAAUUAAUAGUGACGUUGGAAGAGGAUGAAUUUUCGCAGAAGCAAAGGCUGGCGUACAAGCUCGAGCAGGUGCACAACAUAAUGGCGGCGGACGCUAAUCCCUGAUGCCCCGUUAUACCGACAACGCAUCCCACUAAAUCCUUGCGCAAUGAGUGGUCCUGCUGAGUCGCGACAGACUAGGUAUUAUCAAAUAAAUUGCCAAUCGUUACUGGCCUAAAAACGCGCGCGAUGCAAAGAACGCGUGCAUUUUCUCGAAGGUCGCACGAGCUCGUAGCGUUGUCAUCGUCCAGUGAUAACCAUCGAGAAACAGUUUUUCUUUUCCUCGUAUAAUCUCCGUUUACGCUAUACAAAACGGAGAUUCGAAAGACUGGAGCAUGCUUGAGAGAUUAACGAAACGAGAGUAGAGAAGGAAAAAAAACGUUUCGAAGGAAUAAGAAGAACGUGGCUGUUGAAGGAGUCGCGCAUGCGACGAUGGUGACGCUGACGUGACGGUGACAGCGCGCGCCCGCGAAAUAAAUGGUUAGGUGUGUUUAUAAACUACGUAUAAUACGAUUCGACAAAGUCUUCUGAAAGGCCGCUGGCUUGCGAGUGUGACGAAUAAUAAUAUAAUGUAACUGUAACUCAUCGCACCUACCGGAUAAUACACAACACUGUACAUAAGAUACCAAAAUAAUGAUAUUGUAAUAGGGUGAUAUGUAUUAUUGUAAUAAGUUCACUGAGAGGCCGGCGGCCCCUCACGAAACGAAGUAAUCACCUCCCGUCAUCAUCGGUAGGAACAAGCAUUUUUUUUCUCUUCGAGCUAACUUUGACUAACAAACGAGCAAACAUACACGCAAAUUACACACAAACAAACUGAGAACACACGUGCGAGUGAGAAGAUUGCUGACGGAGGUACGGGAAAACAUACACGAUAACGAUAAUACUAAGUGAAAGUGUGUGCGGCGAGUGAGUGAGAAAAUAUUCAACGGUUGUUCAAUGAUGUAUUUGUAAAUGUGUGAUAAACAACAAAACGCAAAAUUAUGAACGACCGUUACACGAUACGCGACGUUCGCGCGAUUCGCGGUCGACAAUCGCGUUACAAUUUUGACGAAUAAACAUUUCCAUCCAGCGUUAAUUGUGAAAACUCGUCGGAUUAUUCGGAAACUGGGUACAGGGCAAUAGCACCAGGAGUCGUAGAGAAAGUGCGAAAGAAAAUGAGAAACUAACAAAAGGGAGAGAGAAAAAAAAUUUUUAAAAAAUUAAAAAAUUAAAAAAUAAACAAGAACCAUAAACGAAUGCGAACGAAAUGCUCUGAGAGUCUCAAACAAUUGCGACGAUUACGGGAUAACGUUAAUGAAAUAAUUGAUAUGAGCAUAUUAUUAUUAUACAUGAAUGGUAUGUCGUAUGUAUAUGUGUACAUAUAUACACUUAAAAGACCGACGCAACGCAUGUGUAUGUAUAUAUUAUGUGUGUAUGCCCUUCCGUACGUAUAUCGUCGCGUUACAGAUUCAAUAUAUAUAUAUAUAUAUAUAUAUAUAUAUGAACACACACACACACACAUAUAUAUAUAUAUAACGGAACGAAACAAAAAGUAUGUAUAGACGCACACGGAAAAACGAGGCGAGUAGUAAUUGAAAGAAUAAGCUGACAGACUCGUGCGCACGGGCACGCAUUAGAAUGGAGGGGAAAAACGAAAACUAUAAAUGAGAACAAGGGGUGUAAUUUGCUAAGUUUUUGUGUCGCGCGUCAGGCAAAAAGAAAGACGAAGAAGAAAAAAAACGGAAGGAACAAAAAGAAAAUCUCGUAAUAGUUUAUAAGUAUUAUUCAUUAAUAUGGACUAAGGCCACGCGCCCCCGCGGGGCCAGCUCUCGAUGUGACGGUUGUGUUGAAUGUGCGUGCUUCCUCAUUCACCUACCCCCCCAUCCCUCUUUCUCCGCCCUGCCCCCAAAAAUAUCCUCGGUACCCUCUGCUCCGAGUAAAGAGAGAAAGAAAAAAGAAACUGCCAUAUAUUUCGCCCUCGUAUUGAUCCCGUACCUCCUACUACUCCAAUCGAAUAAAUAACAUCGUAAUCGUGUCGUUGUCAUCAUCGAGAAACUCCAUUCCCUUGAAAAGCAAACGUGCUCCCCCCCCGUCCACUCUCCUUCGCUCUCUCUCUCUCUCUCUCUUUUCGGACGAGGAGGUAUGAAAUGAAGGAUUCGCUUCGUAUAUUUUCAUCGUUCUCGAUCUGAUUUUUCGUGUGCGUGCGUGCAUGUGUAUAUGCCUGUAUGUUUGUUUGGAUUUGUUCCAUCUUUUAUUUUUCGUUUUUCGUUUUCCCCUGCCCCCACCCCCCCGAGUACGUGAAUGUGCGCGAACAUCAUCCUUUCCUACCUACGAAAACCACCUUGUGCCACUUGUCCUCAUAAUAAUGCUUCAACGCCUCCGUCGUCAUGUUGUUGUCACUCUUAAUUAAUGUAAUAUAUAUGAAUAAUGAAAGAAACAAAAAAAUCACUGUUGAGUAUUGUCUGAUUGUAAUACAUUGAUAUUGAAUUGAUAUGAAUUGAUAAUCAUUAAUUAACGUAAUAUUAAUCUGUGGAUGUAGCCAUAUUAGUGUGAAGUGAAAAGAGAACGAGCGAGAGACUGAGAGAGAGAAAGAAAGGAAACAAAAAAAAAAAAAGAGAGAACGUGAAAGAGUGAGCGUGUGAAAGAAAGAGGUUGUAGGUACGAUGAUGAUAUUAUCGUGCCCUGUCUGCAAUGCGAAUGAAUAACGUGUGUGAAAUGCAACGUUUUUUGGGUGUCCUGUGCGUCAAUUCAAUGUGCAGUUGUUCGUGGAGAAAGUAUUUAUUGCUCAAAAAUAACGAAAAAAUGCGCGGAGAGGUGUAGGAGAAAUAAAAGAAAAGAGAUAGACAGAGGAAACGGGAGGGACUUUUGAAAGAAAAGUAAAAGAAACAUGAAAAGAAAAACACAAAAAAAACAGAAAAAAGACGUUAACGAAAAGCGAAGAGCGAGAAACGGUUUGAAAGAGCUUGUUGAGGCACGCGGAGAUCGAUGGAAAAUUAGGACAAGAUGAUAACGAGAGGGAGGGGUAAAGUCUCAUCUUUAUAAAUCUUUGCUUCUGGGAGGAAAAAAAAUGGCACGAAAAGGGCGAGCAACAGAGAGAGAGAGAGAGAGAGAGUGCCCGGGGAAAGACGGAUGCGAGGAAAGCAUGUGCAGUGUAGAAAAAAAGGAAAA